UCAGUCGGUGCCGGAAGUAACGUCCCGGUGCCUUGGAGACGAAAUGCAGCUGGGGCGGCGGCGCCCGAGCGGGUGACAGGUGGGAGGUGGGGUGGCUCAGCGGGGAGGUCCCUCAGUCCGUGCUCGGUUUUCCCGUACCACGGGCCCCUGCCCCCUUGGCCCAAGCCCCCGCAUAGCGCCGUGCGGUGCGGUGGCAAGAGCCCUGGAUUGGAUCGAGAAGCCCCGGAUUCGAGUGUUGCCUCUGCCAUUUACUGAUCGCGUGUUCCCGGGAGAGUCGCUUCCCUCGUCAAAGCCGUAACGCGAGGGGGGUGGGUUGGGGGCCCACGAGGGCCCUUUCAGCCCUCACCCUGUGAUCGUAUGCUCUCAGGGCGCUCCCCCGCCCAUCCGCGACCCCACAGGGUCUCCCCCCCGGCAUGGAGCCGCCCCCAGACGACAACCAGGACUGGGAUGAGGACUCGGACCCUGAGGCAGACCCGGACGUCCAAGCCCAGGAGUACAUCGACCGAGUUCUGGGCUCGCCCAGCCCGGCCCCGGCCCGCACGGUCCUGGCGCCCCCGCCCGCGGUCAGCCCCCGCCCCCCCCCGGCGGAGCUGUGGCGGGAAUCCCUGCGGUCCCCCGGCGGGGAGCCCGGCCCAGACGCGUCCGGCCUGCUGGGUCUGCCGCUGGAGCUCAUCCUGGAGAUCUGCUCCUACCUGGAGGCGAGGCUGGUGCUGGGGGUCCUGCCCCGGGUGUGCCGGUCCCUCCGGGACAUCGUCCAGGACCAGGUUAUGUGGAAGAUCCGCGUGCAGAAGCUCCUGGGGGGGGCCUACCCCGUGGUGGAAGAGGAGAAUUUUGACUGGCCCGCUGCCUGCAUUGAAUUAGAGGAGCACUUGGCCCGCUGGGCAGAUGACGGGCGAAGGGCCGAAUACUUCUGCUUGUCGGACGGCCACUUUGCCUCCAUCGACUCGGUGCUCCUGCUGCAGGGUGGGGCACUCUGUGUCUCUGGCUCCCGAGACCGCAAUGUCAACUUAUGGGACUUAAGACAGCUUGGAGUAGAGCCAGGCAAAGUUCUGGUCAAGGCGCUGGGUACCCAGCGCAGUGGGACCCACAAGGGCUGGGUCUGGUCCCUGGCUUCCCAGGAUAACCGCGUCUGCUCGGGCUCCUGGGAUAGCACUGUGAAGCUCUGGGACAUGGAAGCUGACGGGCAGCAGUUUGGGGAGAUCAGGGGCAAGGCUGCAGUUCUCUGUCUCUCCUACCGUCCUGACAUCCUGGUCACUGGCACCUAUGAUAAGAAAGUGACUGUUUACGACCCCCGAGCGGGCCAGGCCCUGGUGAAGAGCCGAAGGCUGCAUUCCAGUGCCGUGCUGGCCUUGUUGGCUGAUGACCAGUACAUUAUCUCGGGAAGUGAGGAUCGGACCUUGGUGGUGUUUGAGCGGCGGACCAACAGUGUCUUACAGCGGCUGCAGCUGGAGUCAUAUCUAUUGUGCAUGUCCUAUCGAGGGCCCCAGCUCUGGGCUGGGGACAACCAGGGUCUGCUCUAUGUGUUUGAGAACCACGGAGGCCAAUUCAAGCAUGUCAGGUCCUUUGAUGUGGGGCAUAGGUCACAAAUCACUGGCAUUGAACAUUCCUUGGGGUCACUUUAUACCACGUCUACGGACAAGACCAUUCGGGUACAUGUGCCUACUGACCCACCAAGGACCAUCUGCACCCGAAGCCACCACAAUGUUCUUAAUGGGGUCUGUGCUGAUGGCAACAUGGUGGUAGCUGCAUCUGGGGGCCUGUCCUUGGAGGUGUGGCGAUUGAAGCCCUGAAGAAGGCAGGGCCCAGAGGACUGAGUCUGGCUGAGGCAUCCUGGGAUACUUCCCCCAUCACGGCCCCAAUCCCAAGGUUGGGGACCAAUCCCAACUGUCCAGGUCUCAGACCUGGUUCGGUGGUGCUACCAGAGUCCCUGGCCCUUUUCUGUAGUGGCCAGGGAUAAUAUUGCUCCCACUGUGCAAGCUCAUAUUUCCUGAGGGGCGGAUGCGUGGUGAGGUCUGUCCCGUGAGGGCUUGGCUGGUCCCCUCCCCUCCCUGUUAUUUAUUAUUGGAAUAUCCUUUUUUUCCUGCUGUUGAGGCCAAAGCUCAGGAAUAAACCUGUUGGAUGAUUCCCCCUGCUGUGUACUUUGGGGCCUGUCUGUGAGGUCACUGGUGCCUUCCUGUGGACGGAGAUGGGACACCCAUUUGUGACGCUGCUUAUGGUGUGUCCCUUCUGCCCUGUGCUUACUGAAUGACAGCAGUAGGCCCGGGAUGUGAGAAGGUGCUUUAUUAGAGGCUGAGGGAGAGACCGGGCAAAGGGUGAGUGUGAAAUGCCUCUAUGGGACACCCAGAUCCUUCCGAGGUCAGAGAGAUUCUUGGUUCUCCUUCCCAGACAAACUUAGACUCGCACGGAACUGAGGACUUCAAUAAGGCCUGACCUGCAUUUUCCUGUGCCUCAGACUCUAGGACUGAAGGGACAGGAGAGGAGAUCAAAGGUUCUUUUUUUGGAGGGGAGGGGUCACAGGAUGGAAAUAUCUCAGGGGAGUGAGGGAACAGUGGGGUGGGGUCUGUCUCAGGCCAUAGGAGCCUUAGGACAGGAAGGUGAGGAGUACUGAAUCGGAAAUUCGAAAGGAAGGCUCUCAUCACAACAGAGGCGUCUAAAGAUACAAGGGUUCCUUGAGAGGGGAUCACAGGAUGGUACAUGGCUUCUUCUCCUUGAAGGGAUUGACAGCAGCUGGGAUGCCCAUGAGGAAUGGGUCACUCUUGGCGUGUUCCACACAGUACUGCAAGAGCUCCCCUGCUGCCUUGGAUACCUAAGACCAGACCAGGGGCCUAGCUAGUCACCAAGGACCAGACCCAUCCCUCCCCAGCCCAUCCUCUCCCAGUCUGGAGCCCUCACCUGGACACGGUCAAUGCCAGCCUCCAUCCGUAGCUGCUCCACUGCCCGGCGUGCUUGACCUAUGUCACUGCCGCUUGUCAUCUUGCUGGACAUCUGCCAUAUGAGGGAGAGGGACUUGGAGCUGUCGGAAUGGGAUCAAGCUCCCCUAUCCCAUUGCAGCAAGAAAGGCUAGCUGCUAGCCCCCACACCCAAUCCCUCCUCAAUUCGCUCCUGGACCCCUCAGGCUCAGACUUGUCCUGCCACUUAACUGUGACUGUGACUUUGGACCCCCACUUCAGCUCUUUCUCGUCUGAGAAAUGAGAAAUGAAACCUUUCCUAGCUUUAAGUACUGUGGUUUCCAAGUUUGCUUCCUUCAUCUUCUCUCCUCCUCCUCCUGAGUCCCCCAGGCUCACUCCAGGCCCAAGACUGAGGGGGGAUGGAUCAUUACCGGGAAGCCCAGAAAGGCUGGGUGAGCAUUGGAUGUGGAGUCAGGCUUCAGAUUCAAGGUUCAGCUCUUAAGUCUAAUUCCUUCUCUGGGCCUGUUUCUUUUUUUUUCUUUUUUUUUUUUUUUGUAAAAUAAAGAUAUUGGACUAAGUACAUUUUAACCUUUCUACGCUAAAUCCUAUGAUCCUUACCUCUCCAAGGAGAGAUUCUCUCUGUCAGGGUCUGGUUCUGCUUAGUGCCCAGGGAGGAAUGCCGCCUCUCCCAUCCACUAAUAGCCCAGCCCCCUGGACUCCCAGGGUCUGGGCUGUCCCUUUCUUCCCUCCCACCAGUUCCUUUGAAGCCAGGACACCUGGGGAGUGAAUGUCACUGCCAGGAAACAGCAGCAGCUGCAGUGGCUGUGGGGUGGGUGGUGAGCCCUCUGAGGGGGGCAAGGGUAUGAAUACAAUAACCCAUCUGUUAGGCAGGAACCCAGAAGAAACCAAGUGGUGGGGGUCCAACCACAUAGCUUGAUGUCUUGGGGUCCUGCCUGAUUGAUGGAUCAUAGGAUAUCAAAGCCAGAAGGAAGAGAGAUCAUCUACACCAGUGGUCUCCAAAGUAAGAGUCCAUGAACUCUCCAAGGGGUUGUGGCAAGACCCCAAGUCCAGAGGGACUGGUCAUAAUCAUGGGCUGAUUUCCAACACUUCCAUGCCAAAAGAAAAAUAAUCUGAAUGUAAUAAAGGAUCCUUUUCCU